GUUAUGCUGGACGCAAGGCACGAUGUUGUCGAUAAAAGCUGUAUAUCGUGCGCAAUGGCAAUACUGAUCUCCCGAUGCGCAAUUCGAUGCUUUGAUUGCUUGUGUAUCCCAGGCUCGUAUGCAAUUCGGUAUCGACGCGUUUUGAGGUCCAGUCUGCGCAAGGGCCAGUCCUGA